AUUAUUUUUUUUCCCCUUUUUCCUAUUUUGAUUUCCAUUUUUUGAAUGAGUUUUCAGUUUUCACCCUUGAGCGGCCGUAGUCCCGUGCGACUAAGCACUGUUCCAAAUCCCAAUUCAAAGCGAAAUCCCUGAGGGAGACCCGCAGUUGAUCUGGCAGGGGAAGAGAGGAUGAGGGAUAGAGAGUUGUUUGAGUUUGGUAUUACUUUCUCCUCAACAAUUUGCGAAAGAAGAACCAUGAAUAAGCCACUUCUGUUCCAGGUGUGACUUGAACUGUUUGCAUUAAGAACUGUGACAAUGGUAUUGAUAAGUGGCAACAACAAAAGUGUUUUACAACAUCCAAGUGAUGCGAGGUCAAAGGCACAAGGUGUAACGGUGUUUCACAAUCCCCAUCACCAACAAGGAAGCAAGAACACUGAAACCAGGCCAUCGCAGCACUUGCUCAACUCAAACUUGGCCAAAGGAAUGGCUACGCUAGAUGAAUUCAAGUACGGUUUUCCAUCGGAAGGCCUCUCGACUACUUCAAAUAAAUGGUGGGGAAGCAAUGGUCCUGCUGAUUCUCCCAGCAAGAAAGCAGACGGAGUUGACGUCUGCAAACAUGAGAAGGGUAAACUCGAAGAGAGUGCAAAGGAAGAAGCUGACACAGAGAUGCCUGGAGCCGGAAAAGAGGCCAUGAAAACUCCUGAAGGAGCUGCUUCAUUGACAGGCAUAAGGAAAAGGGCUGUGGAAGAAGGACGAGAAGCACUUAAACUAGGUGUCUUUCGAGGCUAUGGUGUAAAAAAGCUUGGAAAGAGAGAGAGAAUAAUGCUUCUUCAAAUAUUCAGUUCUUCGUUGCCAAAUUCAUGGAUGCAUGAUUCGUAAGUUAGGGUGAAAUCUGCAACUGUAAAACUCAAUUUACUAUAUCAUUACAAAAUCCAAUCCAAAUCUGGGAGUUCCUUCUUGCUUGCUAA